CCGAACAUGCCGAGGCCGGCCCCGGCAGCGCGGGAGCCGGAUCGGGGGCCCGAGCCGGAGCGCGAAGGUGCGCGGGGCCCGGAGCGGGGGACGCCGCGCAGCUGAGCUCGGCCGCCGCCGCCCGCGGGCCCCAGGCGGGGCUCAGCUGGGCACCACGAGAUUUAAGGCGGUGGGACCUGUUGGUAGAAUGUCUUCUCUCCCUGCAAGCGACCCUGAGGCCACCAAGAUGAGCACCGCGGCCUGGCCUGGGAGCGCGCCCGGAUGUCAAUAACCAGGAGCCGAGGGGCCACCGGGCGCAAUGGUGUACUAGGCUGGGCGUGAGCUCAGAUUUCGCACUCGGAUCUCACGGCAGUCACCGUGGAGAGGCCAGGGUACCACAAACUUAUGGAUUUUGACAAGAAAGGAGGGAAGGGGGAGUUGGAGGAGGGCCGGAGAAUGUCCAAGACUGGCACAAACCGGAGCAACCACGGCGUCCGCGGCUCGGGGACCAGCUCAGGGGUCCUGAUGGUGGGCCCCAACUUCCGAGUCGGCAAGAAGAUAGGCUGCGGGAACUUCGGGGAGCUUCGCCUAGGAAAGAACCUGUAUACAAACGAGUACGUGGCCAUCAAGCUGGAGCCCAUCAAGUCCCGGGCCCCGCAGCUACAUCUGGAGUACCGCUUCUACAAGCAGCUUAGCACGGCAGGUGAGGCGGGCUCCUGGGAGGCGGGCUGGGGGUGGGGCGGGCAGGCUGGGCUCUGGGCAUCCAGCGCGCGUGUUCCCUCCACAGAGGGCGUCCCUCAGGUCUACUACUUCGGCCCGUGCGGGAAGUACAAUGCCAUGGUGCUGGAGCUGCUGGGGCCCAGCCUGGAGGACCUGUUCGACCUGUGCGACCGCACCUUCACCCUGAAGACCGUGCUGAUGAUAGCCAUCCAGCUGAUCACGCGCAUGGAGUACGUGCAUACAAAGAGUCUCAUCUACCGCGAUGUGAAGCCCGAGAACUUCCUGGUCGGGCGGCCGGGCAGCAAACGGCAGCAUGCCAUCCACAUCAUCGACUUCGGGCUGGCCAAGGAGUACAUCGACCCUGAGACCAAGAAGCACAUCCCAUACCGCGAGCACAAGAGCCUGACAGGCACGGCGCGCUACAUGAGCAUCAACACGCACCUGGGCAAGGAGCAGAGCCGCAGGGACGACCUGGAGGCACUGGGACACAUGUUCAUGUACUUCCUGCGUGGCAGCCUGCCUUGGCAGGGGCUCAAGGCCGACACGCUGAAGGAGCGCUACCAGAAGAUCGGUGACACCAAGCGCGCCACGCCCAUCGAGGCGCUGUGCGAGAGCUUCCCGGAGGAGAUGGCCACCUAUUUGCGCUACGUACGGCGCCUGGACUUCUUCGAGAAGCCAGACUACGACUACCUGAGGAAGCUUUUCACCGACCUCUUCGACCGCAGCGGCUACGUGUUCGACUACGAAUAUGACUGGGCCGGGAAGCCCCUGCCGACACCAAUCGGCAGCAUCCACACUGAUGCGCCCUCCCAGCCACCACAUCGCGACAAAGCCCAGCCCCACAGCAAGAACCAGGCACUGAACUCCACUAAUGGAGAGCUGAACGCAGACGACCCCACCGCGGGCCACUCCAACGCCCCCAUCGCGGCCCCUGCAGAAGUAGAGGUGGCGGAUGAAACCAAAUGCUGCUGCUUCUUCAAGAGGAGAAAGAGAAAAUCUUUGCAGCGGCACAAGUGAGGGCCGGAGCAGCUGCUGCCCACGGUCCCCAGGCGGGCAUCCAGGAGGCUGGCAGUGUCCUCGGUGGCAUGGGGCUCCUUGGCCCAACCUCAGGCACCGUCUUCGGGGACUUGGGGUCACUUCCUUCACACAGGACUUUGGCGGACAUCUCUACGCCCAUGUCUCGUCCCCUUGGAGAGCAUUAACUAUUUAAAACCAGGAGAGAAGCGUCGCGCUGUCCCUGCUGCGCCCCCGUUAGCUCAUAAAGUCCAGCUUGUCCCCUCGAUCCAAAGGCCAUUUUCUCGAGGGGGCAGGCCCGGGGCACGGGUGUCAAAUGGGGAGGCCACCAAAGGGAGGCAGGCAUGUGGGAGUUACCACGAUGCUGCACCAACAUUGGGUGGAGCACGGGACGUCACCACACAGGGAGCCGGGGCGGCCGUGACCCACGCACGGCCCUGCGUGCUAGGCCCAUGGGACAGAAUCGCCUUAACGCCCGACCUGGGGCAGUGGAAAGGUGGUCCCCACAGGAGGGCCUAGCUGUGGUCGCGGGAGCCGAGUUCUUGCUUUACAACAUGUACAGAAAUGAACCUAGGUUUCUCCAGCGCUUCCUUGAAGCCAUAGAGUUUAGAGGCUUUUUUUAAAAAAAUAAAAGAAAGAUGAAACCA